AUGGUUACUACACCGGCUCCCCAAGACGACCUGAAAACGGUCGUCGAGUCCCGGACUCGGGAGUGGCAUUUCCACAUUUACUUCCUGCUCCAGUCGCCGACUGAGACGGCGCGGGCGCUUGCUCUUCGCGAUGCCGUUUUGAGGCUUCGUCGCGAUGGCGCGUUCGUCGCUGUGCCGCUGUUUAGGGUCAACGAGUACCCCAUUGGACCUCAUCCUGCUGGUUCUUAUGAGAUCUGGGUCCCUGACACCUCAUUCUCUGAUGUGUUUUAUUACCUCGCGUCGAACCGAGGUAAUUUGAGUGUGCUCGUCCAUCCCCUGACCUCAAAGCAACGCCGUGAUCAUGAGUCCAGCAAUGCUUGGAUGGGAACGCCGUGGCCUAUCUAUCUAGACAGCCUCCCUCGUGACGGGGAAAUUCCCCUCCAGUAUCCAGAGCUGGGUCUUGGGUGGUCUACAUCCCCCGAACAGGAAGUUUCGUUGGAAGAGAGACGGAGGAGAGGCGCGGAGCUUGAGGCUUUGCUGGCCAAUGAUUCGGAGGCUGCCCCGGCCCCGAAAGAUUGA